AUGGCCCUGAUCCAGCGCGCCUUCGAUGAAGUCGAGUUGUUCGUCCUCUUCUCCUGGCGUGACUGGUUCGCCGCCAUCGUGCCCUCCUUUCUGUUCGCUGCGGGCCCGAUCUUGACCUUACCUCCUGACGUGGCAAUCCGCAGAUGUCUGCUCAUGCUCUCGUGGUCGAUCCUCUACAUCUACGCCUUCACCCUGCUGAACCAAGUGCUGGGCCUCGAAGAAGAUCGUGUCAACAAGCCCGACCGACCUAUCCCCUCCGGCAGGGUCUCGAUGCGCGGCGCGCAGACCCGCUGCGUCGUUGUCUGGGUGCUCUUUCUGUCGACCUCACUCCUCGAAAGGACGAUCUGGUGCGAGAACCUCAUACACGCGGUGUUCAGUGCCUUUCUGUCGUGUACAAGGCCGGGAGGACAUUGGAUUGGCAAGAACGUCGUGGGGAUGUCGGUGAUGGGCGGCGCGAUGCUCUCCACGUCGCGCAAGAUCAUGGGUGACGCGUGGUCGAAGUCACAAGCUAUAGCCACCAGAAACAACAUGAUGGCAUCUAACACGGAAAGCCCCGACGCCACGGCGGAGGACCGCAAACAACCGACCCGCGUGCCUCCCGACGUCCACAUCUACGACACCAUCGAAGAGCCGACGAUCCUGCGCGAGAUGAUCGUCGAGGACGUGUACCUCCUCGGCGGGCAGUUUGCCAUCCUGUGCCAGUUCGCCCACCCGUCUCUCGCGCGCGGCGCCUCCAAGCACAGCACGUUUGCGUCGCGGAUCCCCACGCGGCUGCGCAACACCGCACGCUUCCUCAACGCCGCCGUCUUCGGCACGCCGCGCGAGAAGGCGGCCAUCUUCUCCGUCAUCCACCGCUAUCACGCGCGCGUCCGCGGCGACGGCUACGACGCCAACGACCCGGAGCUACACCGCUGGACGGCCGCAACGCUCUUCGUUUCGCUCGUGGUCGUGCACGAGGCCCUCUUCGGCAAGAUCGAGCGCCCGCGCCUCGAGGCUAUGUACCGCCAGGCCGCCGUCUUCGGCACGAGCCUUCGCAUGCCGCCCGAGCUGUGGCCCGCGACGCUUGACGAGUUCUGGGCAUACUGGGACGAGCAGGUGGAGACGCUCGAGGUGACGGACGAGGCGCGUGAGCUGGCCCGCGCCUUGCUCUGGCCUGCUGGCCUGCCAUGGAACCUGCGAGCCGUUACGCCGUUUGCUCGGCUCAUGACGGCGCAUCUGCUGCCGGCGCGACUGGCGCGAGAGUACGGGCUCGAACCGUCUGCGCUGAGCUGGGCGCAGUAUCACGCUGCCGUGGCGGCCAUGGCGACCGUGUACCCGCGUCUGCCGGACAGCGUGCGGCACCGCAUGCACAACGAGUACAUGGCGGAUCUGGAGCGUGCGGUGGCGCGGAUCGAGAAGACGGGCCACUGGGGGAGGGACGAGAACUUGUAG